AUUAUCCUGUCCCAGUUCUGCUACAGCUGACCAACCCCCCGGGUGCCCGGGCUGCCCUGUGUCGCCGCAAGUGAGACUGACCUCCGCUGUCCAUCUCUCCACAUUCGUCUUGGCGCUCGCGAUUCCUCCACUAAGGUAGGCAAGGGUACUUGGCUGGCCCUACCAGAGACCACCAAAAUCCCAUGUAUCCCUAUACCUUGAAUACUCGUAGUCUCGUACCGCUGAUGCCCCGUCCGGCUCACUUGCCGUGUGUCUCUUUUGGUGACCCGCCACUACCGUUCCUUCCCCAUCCCUUCCGGUGACUUUUGUCUCUCUUCCCUCCUCCUCCUCCUCUUCCUACAACCACCACCCACGACCCCGUCACCACUACCCGCCGAGCCGCCCUUCUUUUUCCCAUCCGCAUCUCAACAUUCAACCAAAUCACCAACGGACGAUUGCGACAAUAAUAACGACGACGACAACAUCGAUACUUUUCCCGCCGCACCACCCCGCAGACAGGCGCGAUUUCUACUAAAUUCAACACACGCACAUUCGCUCGGCCGUUACACGAUCAAAUCUUGGGGAUGGAAAUAACCAUCUGAUAUUCACGAUUCCGAGGAGAUGUGACACGCCAAUCCCCCUCCUCUUCAACAAUCGGCCUGCCAGCAAGCGAGCCCGACCAAACUUCCCGUCACCAAAUCUGCGAACGCAUUGUGCUGCGUGCUGCCAUCUCCACCUCGUGCGACUUGAACCGUUAUACCAACCAGUCUACGCCUUUUGCACCACUCUUCCGACAAAUUUCCUCGAGCGCCUCCUCAUUCUUCAGGUCACACCCUUUAUCGUUCGAAAUUGAUAACCCUUCCCGUUGCUCUUCCCCUCUCCCUCCGUUCCGCCCAAAAGCGACGUCGACCGUCGUGCGAACGUGAGAAGAGGCGUAAUCCAAUCGACAGGCGAGAUGGCGUUGUUACUGCUACGGGUCCUGGCUUGCGCCGCCGUCGGCGUCAUGGCGCAGGCCGCAACCAUCACCCCCGAGAACGAUAUUCCAUCGUGGAGCGAGAGGUCGGCCAUGCAGAUGUCCCUGUCGACGGCUGGUGGCACCGUCCCACUGUCGUUCAUCGUCAUGCCUUCGACUGAGAACCUGGGCUUGAAUCAGUCCGACGUUGUUCGCGGGGCCGUUCGUAUUGAGGGUACCAUGGUAGCCGCCGACUCUUCGAACUACAACCAAAUUAAAUCAAAUACUCAGGUCGCGUACCUUUCUUGCGACACCCAAGACGGCAGCGGCUUCAUCAACCCUAACAUGAUGCUGGGCACUCUGAUGGAGAACAAGCCAAAGGCUAUUGUCUUGUAUAGCACGGUCGGCAACUGGUGUAUGCUUUCCGGCUCGGACCUGACGUAUUACUCCAUCUUCACUAUGGCGGACGCUGGAGAUUCUCAACAAGCCCUACGUAUUCUCAACGGCACAAAUGAGGCGGACCAGCUCAAGGUCAUCAUCACAGGAAACGCGACAGGUGCUGUGAGUGAUGGUGGAAAUGGCGGCGGCGGCAACAACUCUGCCGUCGCCAUGAGCAUCUUGUACAGCAUUACGGGUCUGAUUACACUGCUUUUCUUGAUUAUCAUCGCCACCGGCGCCGUCAGGGCUCACCGCUACCCUGAAAGAUACGGUCCCAGAAACGGGUUCAACGGCCGUCCCCGCCAGAGCCGUGCCAAGGGCCUCGCUCGCGCUGUGCUGGACACCCUGCCCAUUGUCAAAUUUGGCGAGCGGCAGGAGGCGAAGCCGGAUCCUAAUAUCGAAUUGGAGAGCGCGUCAAACGUACCAACCAACGACACGGCCGUUGGGAGGCAGGGUGCUGCUGCACCAGUGAGUACCAAGGAUGUCGGGGCCACUGCCACAGCGACAGAAACAACCGCUGCUACAACUGGCGAUGCGGCCGCCACUGCGACUGGUGCUCUUGCUGCAGGCGGAGCUGCUGCAGCUGCCGCCGGCGCCGCCAAGGGUGCUGGCUCCGAUACUCCAGCUGCUGGAGCACAGGAGGAUGAGCAUCUUGGUUGCUCAAUCUGCACCGAAGAUUUCACCGUCGGUGAAGAUGUCCGCGUGCUACCUUGCAACCACAAGUUCCACCCCAAUUGUGUAGACCCCUGGCUGGUCAACGUGUCAGGCACAUGCCCGUUAUGCCGUCUUGACCUCCGCCCACAAGGCGAAGCAGAGAAUCCCAGUGAUGAACUUCCGCCCCCGCUUGAGCUGGACGGUCAUGAGAGCGAUGGCUCUUCCACCUCGCAAAGACGGAGGACACGAUUGUUUGACCUCAACAGGUUGAGGCAUGCUUCGGCAGAAGAGCGUAUUCAAGCCCUUCGACAAUACCGUACCCAGCACCAAGUACAAGGUGAAGCUGGGAGCAGCACGGUCGAUGUUGGAGGUGAGGAGAGGAACGAUAGGAGCCGCAGGGCAAGAUUAGCCGACAAGCUGCGCGACAAGUUCCGGAUUCGAACAGGACCUCAGGCCUAACUCAACGUACAAGUCAUUCAGCACAUUGGCGUAGACUACGAAAGGCGGGUGUACCCAAGCAAGCCUUGGAGGACAUAUUAACGACACGAGAGAACAACGACUACAACAGCACAACACACACAUUGACGAUGACGAAGGGUGUCACAGGCAUCAAGAUGGACGAGAUCCCCUUUUCAAGUUUCGACGGAUAGACAUUGGCGUUCUGGGCACAAAACAACAUCAAGGACAGCAUUGCAUGGCGUUGAGCGGGUUAUGGAAGCACGGCGGAAUUGUGACGCCGGCUUGCUCCAUUUGCUUUCAGCCGUUGAGCGUUGAGCGAUGGCGACUAUACAUUUGGCUAGCCCGUGUUGUUCAACGGAGUCAGCCCUGGCAUGGUAGAUACGGGAAAACGCCAUCAACAUGAUGGCUCGGGAUGGAGAUGACAAGGAGGGAAAGGGUCUGAAAUGAGAGCCGUCGUCAAUCCCAACGCCUGCACAAUUCAGCCAUGGGUUGGGCCUAGGAACCACACGGGCUGUUUUUCAUCUUAGAAGCAGAACCAGAGCAUGUUAUUCAGAGGAAGGGAGCGAACAGUGCAUAGCAUAGACAGGAUUUGAAUGACGAUCUGAAUUAAAUG